UCGAUCGUUAUGAUAGAUAGCGAGACUGGACGUUCUCGGGGAUUUGGAUUCGUUACAUUCAGCAGCGCUGACAACGCUGAAGCCGCGGUCCAUGAAAUGCAUGACAAGGUACUUGACGGUAGACGGAUCCAAGUCAACAUGGCUGGCAGAAUCUCACACCAAAUGUAACUUAGUAGGCGGUCAGGUUGUCCGAACAUCGGGCUAUGGAAAGGUUGACAUCAGUGCAUUCCCAGUCUGUCAUGUCAUCCAGCAUUGGUGGGUGACCCGUCCCUGAUUUUGUUACUGCAAAUUUCACCUGCAUCAAGAAAGUUGGCGACAAGUCUGACCGGUAUUGCUGGAAAUGCAACAUCUGUGGUGACAGCCCGGGCUCAAAAGAUGUUCGAAUCCAAGGAUGAAACAACCCAUCAGCUGCUUCGCUAGCUGCGCAAACUGUCACCACUGCCCUCUUGACGAAAAAAUGGCAUAGAAAAUACACCAAGGCACACUCUGACACGGAAAACUUACAAGGAAGG